CGAGGUGACACGUCAGGCGGUUGCUGGGAGCUUGUAAUUUGUACAGAAGGAAGGAGAGUGUGAAUGGGGUGUAUUGCUAUGGUUGAAAGCCAUCGCAGUUUGUGAGACCCGUAUGAUUAUGAUAUUGGAGAUAUCUGUCAAUUACCUCAUCAGCGCUCCGAAAGGCAAACCAAAGUGUGCAGGGGAAUGCUAGCAAUUAACUGAGGUCUUAGGGACAACGGGUGACUAAACAGCUACAUGUGAAAGUGACAUGGGGGAAAGUGAAUAUUGAGGAAGGUUGGAUGUGGAACUUUUUAAAAUAGAGUGAAAGGAAAAGUUUGUAUUAAACAGAAGAAGGCAAAUGCAAUGACCACUAUAAAGUAGUUGAAUGAUGGUGUGACUGAAAAAGCAUGGCGACAAAGACUCCUUGAAAUUUACUAGGCAAAAGAUAACAGUAUACAUUGGUAUUUCAGUGAUAAGGAAGGAGGAGGGUGGUUGUGAUUGCAAGCCAUUGUUUGAUAGUAAGUAAAUAAGAGUAACAGUAGCUCAGGGGGGUGGCUGUUGAAGACGGACAGGAGAGGUUUGUUGCAUUUUCCUUCAAUAGUAUAGGCAUACAGAGAGGCAAUGACUUGGGCACUAUAACAGUGGAAGCCAUUGUAGCAAACGGGUCUCCUGCCCACAGUCCAAAGACUGGGGCAAGUGUCCUUGCAUGUGGUAAGUGUCUCUGGGUCUGUUUUACAAUGAGACUUUCCAUGUUACUGUCUCUGCUGAGGCCUGCAGGCCCUGUGGUAGUUGGUAUUUCUUUGGGUUUCACCCUUAGCUUGCUAAGUGUAACAUGGGUUGAAGAACCCUGUGGAGGUGGGCUAAGGUUCUCUCCUGGGUCAGGAGUAGCAUCUGACCCCAUGCGUGACAGAGGCAAUGUUAACUCGGCCAGAAAACCCAACUCUGUCCCUGCUGGUGUAGAGAACAGUGAGAAUUGGGAGCCCAGGAUCAUUCCCUAUACAGCACCAGACCCCCAGAAAGUGCAGAAGAAACCAGUUCGCCUGUAUAUGGAAAAUCCUUGUAAAAACCUGUCAAACUUCAUUGCUGGAGUUGACCUUGAACUUAAUUCUUUCUUUUUAUUUUCUCAGCUGGAAAUACGGAACACCAGCACUUUAUCAGUGGAAGGCGAACAAGCUGCUACCUGGCCACUUGGUAUCAACCCACCCUUCCAACCACGAACACGCUUUGAGGUGCUACGAUGGGAUUACUUUACUGAAGACCAGACCUUUUCUUGCAUUGAUGGAUCCCCAAAGUGUGAAUUGAUUGGAGCUGAUCUUGCUGAUGUUUCUGACAUAAUCAGUACAGCUGUUGAUGAGCUGAACCGGAAGUACCAGCCAGUCCUGCAUGUAAGAAAACAACAACUUCUGAAUGGCUAUCGACGUUUUGACCCCACCAGGGGUAUGGAGUACACAUUGGAUCUUCAGCUGGAAUUGGUAACUCAGAAAGGUCAUAGCCGUUCCAUUAAUAAGAGGGUCCAUUUAGUGAGACCUCUUAGUGAGGUUGAAAUUAUUCCUAUGCCCUAUGUAACAGAGGCCAGCCGUAUAAACAUUAUUCUUCCACUUACUGCACAAGAACGAGAUCAUGCUGCACGUUUCCUGCAGGCUUUUAUAGACAUUCAAGGCAACGAGAACUCACUUCUUACUCUACUUUUCAUCUAUGACCCUUUCCAGGCUCAACAAGUUAGCCAGAAUGACAUAUUUGGCCAAGUUAAAAGUCAGAUAGCAGAAUAUGAAAGAAAAUAUCAUGAUGUGAAGAUCCCUUGGAUCAGCGUGAAGACUGACUCCCCAUCACAAAUUCGACUCAUGGAUAUUAUCUCUAAGAAACACCCAGUAGAUACACUCUUCUUCCUUGCUGGUGUUGGAAGCCAUGUUAACACAGAGUUCCUAAACCGUUGUCGUAUGAACACCAUCAACAACUGGCAAGUCUUCUUUCCUAUACAUUUCCAAGGUUACAACCCAGAAGUCUCAGAACAUGGUCAGCAGCCUGCUACUACUUUAGAACUAGUGAGAGAUGCUGGACACUUUGACAGAGAUGUAUUUGAAGAAGCUUGCUUCUAUAAUGCUGACUAUAUGGCUGCCCGCACAAAAAUGGCAUCUGAUGCCCAAGAAAAUGAGGAGAUCCUGGAGAUGCUAGAUAUCUAUGAAAUGUUUAUCCGCUACUCUGGGCUUCAUGUUUUUCGUGCUGUGGAGCCAGCUCUUCUACAGCACUACCGCUCACGAGCAUGCAAUCCACGCCUAAGCGAAGAAAUCUACCACCGCUGUGUGCAGAGCAACCUGGAGGGACUGGGUUCCCGCUCUCAGCUUGCCAUGUUGCUGUUUGAGCAAGAGCAGGGGAAUAGCACUUGAACCCUUAAAACUGCCAACCUCUGAUCAAAAAUGGCCAGAGCGUCUUAGGAGCAUAAUGGUUAGACUGAAAUUGCACCUCAAUAUUGUCCAUUAACAGCACAAGAUCUGUUAUAUCUCUAUAGAUGAGUAAACUUUUAUAGUGAUUCUCAACAACAAAUACAGUUGUUUUGUAUUUGUGUACGUGUGUGAGUGAUUCUGCACAUAAUGUUAACCUGCAGUAUCUAUCUGGUACCUACAUGUUUGAGGGACACAUCUGGAAAUUGUGCCCUUAAUGUAUAGGACAAAGUCUUUACUGUGUGAGCUGUUUUGGCCAAACAUUCAAAGCUUAUCAUAGCAGUAAACUUGAGUGAACAGCCUAGAAUUUUUGUUUCCAGAUAUAAAUAUAUAUAUUUUUUAUUUAAAAUACAUUGUGCAAGUUUGUAAUUACGGUUUAAAGAUGUAUUCAUUCCAAAAUGUAUGAUUUUUUUUUUUAAAUAAUAUAUAAACUUUUUAAAAGGUCAUUUAGAAUAUGUUUCCACCCAGCUACUGGGGUUUGUUUAUACUACAUAAAGGUGGACAGAAGAAAGCAUGCAAUAAAAGGGGUGUUUUUGUUUUGUUUUUUUAAAUUUAUUUAUUUUUCUUUUUGUUUGUCGAGUGAGUUAUACUUUUUUUAAGAAAGGCAUUGAUUCAAACACGCUUCCUUUAAAAAUGCGGUUUUAAUAACCAAACUGUUAAUUGACUUUACUUUUAGUUUGAGAUAGAAUCAUCUAUUCAUUUAUAAUUAUUUCCAUAUUGAAAACGUUAGUGGCCUUUCAAGUCUACUUUGUCAUAGUUCAAAAGGUACUUCACUUAAAAAGUAAAAAUGUUUAAAUUAAUGCAACUUUAACUUGUCUUUUAUGACACACUGACAAUAUGGAUUUUCUUCUGAAAACAAUGACUAUUUCAGUAACUGCCCAUCAAUUAAACACUACAUUUAUGUCUGUCUUUUGUUUGUCAUACUGCUACUCUCUGGUAACCUUAAAGCUUUUCUACUGUUUUUUAUUUAUUAUUUUUUUUAAUUGAUCUUCCUUUCUGAUACUGAAGACUACUGCAAAAUGUUGCUACAAAAAAAAAGUUUCCUCUAGCAAGGAAGCAGUUAUCCCGCAAGCUGUAUUUGAUUAAUAUUUAUUUCAAAUUGGGGACUAAAGUAGGGGCAUGCAGAAGACUUACGAUUUCUCUCUCACGCACACGCACGCACACACACACACACACUCUGUAUAUAGAAGAAUAGUGGGCUCCUCUUGGAAGCAAUCAUUUUUUAUAUUCUAUGUAAUAUUUGUUUUGUCUUUGACUAAAUAUUACACCUAAAUAAAAAAAAUGCAAGAAAA